AUGCACGUCGUGACGUCGUACUUUAUGGUGAAGCGGCUGCCGGGCAGCGUGUUUAUUGGCGAGGCCUCACUGCGGCACCGCGCGGCGCGGCAGGCGGAGUACAUGGACUGCCUCCGCCGCAACGCGGCACACGCGGAGGUGGCGUCGCUGCACGUCCUCAUCGAGGGCGCCGAAGCGUACCGCCACUUUCGUGCGCACGUCCUCGAGGACGAUGGCUUCUUUCCGUCCAAGGCCAUGCGGCGUAAAAUCGUGCCGGUGCUGCGGCCCGAGGUGCAGCCAACCUACGCGGAUCUGUUUCAGCACGCCAACCAGCUGCUGCGGGGGCAGUUGACGAUGAUCUGCAACGCAGAUGUUUACCUCCCACAGACAGGGGCGUCCGUGCGGGAGCUGCGGCAGUUGUUCGAUGGUGACCCGGCGCGCCGGGUCGCGGUGGCGUUGACGCGGUACGAAAGCGAGCACCGCACGGACGCCCCCCUCAUUGCGGAGUACAGAGGAUCACACGACGCUUUUAUCAUCCGCCCGCCCGCAGAAGCGGCAUUUAUAGACAGUGUGCGGCACCCGCAAAACUGCUACAAGGCAGAGAAUAUUGUCCUGUACGAGCUGCAGCGCCACGGCUACGUUGUGGUGAACCCGUGCCGCAGCUUCAUGCUCGUCCAUCGCCACACGGCAGACCUGCGUCAGUGGCUGCCAGCCGUGGACGAGGAGAGGUACGCGCGGGCACCACCCUGCACCAUGGCGGAGGCACUCGACUUGGUAAAGCAACGCGAUGGCUAA